AUGGAGGAUAAAUCGAAUAAUAUCGAGACUUUUCACAAUGAUAUCGUCGCACAUCCUCCACAGAAGGUGAUCGAUGAGGCGAAUGAUCCUACAGCCCAAGAUCGGCGCCAAGCUGGGGCACUGAAUAUCGUUGAAAACCCCUUAACAGUAGGUUUCAUACUUUCUCAUGAUCUGACAGGAUUCGCACUGGGAAAUGCCAUCCUCGAUGCCCAAGCUUUUGCCGAGUCGAACGGCAUGUCCGAGCACGCCGAGCUUUUUGGCCGCGCUGCUCUCGUUGCACGCGACCCCGAUGGAUUCGAAACAAUUCCAGAGUUGACCGAAGAAGAACGCACCGCUCUUGCGUACGAGAGAGAUCACAAAUGGCAUGGCUCGAAAAUGCUAUGGUACUCUAUCUCUCUUUGCGCUGUUGGUGCCGCGACACAAGGCUGGGAUCAGACUGGAGCCAAUGGAGCCAAUCUUUCGUUCCCCCAGGAGUUUGGUAUAGCUGGCGAGGGAAAAGAUGAGUGGAUUGUGGGAAUUGUUAACUCUAUUAUCUUCUUCACUGCUGGAUUGAUUGGAGCGUUCAUCGUCGAUCCUCUGAAUCAUUACUUGGGUCGAAGGGGUGAGAUCUUUGUCACGGCCUGCUGUCUGACUGCCACACCUAUUGGAUCUGCAUUUGCGACAUCAUGGCAAGGAUUGUUUGCCGCGAGAUUCGUCAUGGGCAUUGGAAUUGGCGCAAAAAAUGCCACGGUGCCGAUUUACUCUGCUGAAAUGGCACCGGCUCGCACCCGUGGUGCACUCGUGAUGUUCUGGCAACUUUGGGUUGUUGCUGGUAUUUUCCUAGGUUUCGCCGCGAACGUGAUCGUCAAAGAUACUGGUGAUAUCGCUUGGCGUCUUCAACUCGGCUCGGCUUUUAUUCCCUCUCUCAUCCUUGGAGUUGGUGUAUUCUUCUGUCCUGAGUCUCCUCGCUGGCUCAUGAAGCAUGGAAAAUUAGCCAAGGGGUUCAGGUCGAUGUCGCGCCUGCGUGCCCAUCCAAUUAUAGGAGCACGAGACUUCUACUACUCUUACAUCAUCUACCAGGAAGAGCUCAAGGAGGCACGAGGGGCAGGUUACUUCUCGCGUCUGUGGGAUUGUUUCGCUAUCCCUAGAAUCAGACGGGCAAAUUAUGGUGCUUCCACUGUCAUGAUUGCACAGCAGAUGUGUGGUAUUAACAUCAUUUCGUUCUAUAGCUCUACCAUCUUCUUGAAAGCCGGCUACUCGGAGGUACAGGCACUUUAUGCAUCCCUUGGAUAUGGUGCAAUUCAAGUGGUAGCAACCAUUCCCACAUUAUUCCUGAUCGACACCAAAGGCAGAAGAACUCUUACCCUGAUUGUGAGUGACUUAUGGGUUAACAAGAAGCUCUUUCUGACUGAAAACAUUAUCCAGACUUUCCCCUUCAUGUGUAUCUUCCUUCUUGCAGCCGGUUUGUCGCUCUUGAAGACAACCGGAACCGCUGGCGAAAGGAUUGGGCCCGUGGCAUUAUUCGUCUACCUGUUUACCAUUGCCUACUCCCUUGGUGAAGGACCAGUCGCCUUCCAAUACUCCGCCGAGGUUUUCCCCACUGUCCACCGUGAGCAAGGAAUGGCUUGGGCAGUUUGCAUCAACAACACAUUCGCUGGUGCUCUCGGUCUCACAUUCCCUCGGAUGACGACCGUCAUGACACAGACCGGUGCUUUCGGCUUCUAUGCCGGUUUGAACCUCAUCGCCUGGGGCAUGAUCUUCUGCUUUGUGCGAGAAACCAAGCAGCUCACACUAGAAGAAUUGGAUCAGGUCUUCUCCGUCGAGACCAGGAAAUACAUUCACCAUGAGUUGACAGUUUGGCUUCCAUGGUUUAUCAAGAAAUAUGUUUUCCGACAGAACAUCCCGAAGCCACCGGCGAUUAUCGCGACCGCAAAGGAAGUCUCUGGCAACCAAGUGUCGAGAUCAGAAGCCCCGCCGAGCUACGAGGGGACUGUGGCAGCCCCAGCUGGCAAGUGA